AUGUCCACCCCCAUAGCCGCCGUACCAACCUUCUACACCUACUUCUUCGCCUACAUCGACCCCCUCAUCGCCCUCUACGGCGUCUACCUAAACUUCCUCGCCCCCGACCAGGCCGUCAUAUCCAUGGCCCCCCUCUCGACAUACGACCCCAACACCGUCUUCCUCUUCCACCAGGCGGGCGGCCUGGCGCUGGCCGUCGCCGUGAUGAGCGCCCUGAUCCCCCGGGUCUCGGAGGACUUGUCUGUGUGGAAGGUGUUGCAGUUUUCGCUGCUGCUGAGCGACUUUGGGGGCCUGAGUGGUGUGUAUUUCGCGCUGGAGAGGCAGGGGAGGUUGGAGCCGCGGUUGUGGUCGGCGGAUGAUAGGGCUGUGGGGGGUUUGUAUUUGUUUAUUACGGCUGUGAGGUUGGCGUUUGUGUUGGGCGUGGGAUUUGGAGGGGAGGGAGAGGUGAAGGGGGAGAAGGAGGUGAAGAAGAGGGAGUGA